GGUGGACAAGAGGUGUGUUCUUUUUAGCCGCUAAGGAGACCAGCAUUCUGUUUUGUGUUUCCGGUUAUGUUGUAGGUGAUUUCCGGAGCUUAAGCGGUCAAUGGUCUUUGUACAUUAAGGAGAAGACUAAAGGUUGCAGACAGCCCUACUGGAAUGAGUGGACGUACCCUAACGUUACAGAGAAGCUUUAAUUACACAACUGGAUGCUAGCAAGUCUUAGAAGUGUGAACCAACGUAUGUGUAUACUUUUCCUAAACACACAUUUCUAAGUACCUUUUAGUCCCCAUGGCUUUGUUUGUAUAAAGUCCCAGAGAUGAAUGAAGGACUGCUGGAAAACCCAGCUUCGGUAAGAGGGCCAUUGGAGGAAGAUAUGGAGGUAGACGAAGAGGUACUAAAAUCUACAAAUAAUACACUUACUGAAGAUGAGGAACGGACUGGGGUUAGGGACAGUGGGAAGGAGAAGUCCUCAUCAGGUGCCCGGGCUCCAUCCAUCAGCCUUGACAUUCAGAAGAACACCCGCUCAGCUCCUUUGGCAGGCAGUGGGCAGACAGAGAAAGUCCCUGGGGCAGCUGCUGACGAGGCCCCUGUAGACUGGUUCGAACCCCUGGAGGAUGACGAUUAUGAGGAUGACACCCAGGGCUGGAACUUAGGCCUGGCUACUGGGGAGCAACGGGCGAAUGGUACGAAGGAUGCCGAAGAGGAGAGUGUUGCAGGGAGCGAAAGGAGUGGGAGUGCAGCAGGCAGUGAGAGGAACACGAAGAACAACAACCAGUUUUCUGUUCAUAGACGGAAGAAAAAGGUAUCAGUGGAGGAGGGCUGGGAGGACUGGCCUGCACUUGGAGCUGGGUGGAAACGCAAAGCAGUUGUUCGGCGUUCGGGCUCUAGUGUUGGCCAGAGUGACGUUUAUUACAUGAGUCCGAGUAAUGAGCGUGUAAGAAGUAGGGUCGAGCUUUCCAAAGUCCUGGCAGGCACUCUGGAUAUGACAAUGUUUGAUUACAAAGCAGGGGUGUUCCGGGGUGCUGGACAACCCAAGCCUCUGCGUGGAAGAAGGAAGAACGUACAGACGGAUCGUUCUCCCUCAGUGGAUUGUGGGUUUUCCUCAGAGUCCAGUGUGAUGGACAAAGGGGACCGGGCUGACAGUCCUGACUCCCGUCACAGACUGACUCCUCUGAGUCGUAGCUGCACAACCACGCCCAGCAGAACCCCCCACCCCCAACAAACCACUCCUUCAAGACCAAACUCCUCCCUCACACAGACAGUUUAUGUGUGUGCUGCUAAUGAUGUAGAUGGUAUUAAGCACAAAGCAACCAAACUGCCCUGGAACCAGGCAUCAUCUCUUUCAGUGACCGUCAAUGGGAGCGCUGGUUCAGAGCCCUGCUUUUGCAUCUGUGCCGUUUGUGGUAAUUCGUACACAGGCUUUGAGUAUGAAAGACACAUGAAGAAUCCCUGUUGUCCCAAAUGCAGGGCCCAAAAUCCUGCUGUAGCCAAGAAUCCAGUUUAUCGACGAUUCAGAAAGUGGAUUCCUUGUGGUAACUGUAGGGCUUGCCUUAUCACAGAGGAUUGUGGGAGCUGUGCCAACUGCAAAAAAGCGCUGAACCCUGACUCUAGAAAUCCUGUCCGCUGUCGGAAACGCAAAUGUUUAUGUCCUAUCCGAAAGCAUGAACCCGAUGGUAACCAAAGGUUUAACUCCCAUGCCAUGAUGAAUAUUAAGAUUGACAGCAGAGAAUUACAGAGUCUAACACCUCAAUACAGCGAUCCAGAGGACUUCUCUGUGAAUGUUGAUAUAGAAGAUGACGAUGAAGAGUUUGAUGGUGAUGAUGCUGACUAUGAGGCUUGGGUCAGGAAACGCAAGCGUCGCUCCUGUGGGAACUGUGAAGCUUGUAACAGUAGAACAGACUGUGGCACUUGUGAUUUCUGCAUAGACAAACCAAAGUUUGGAGGCAGCAAUAAGAAGAGACAGAAGUGCCGCCUCCGGCAGUGUCAGAGACAGGCCAUGAGACACUUAUUGCCCUUUCAGUUGGGUCAGACUGAUUUUGGGUCCCAAGAGGGGUGGGUGCAGCUUGGCAGGCCUAGGCCUCACUUUACAUACAGUCGCAAGACAAACCCAAAGAAAAGUAAAACACAGCAGCUGGAAGUUGACCUGGAUUUCGAUGAUGAUGAUGAUGACCUUCUGCAAGAUGAAGAGGAUGAUCGCUCCAUGGAUACUUCUCAUUGGCGCCCCCUGCCUCCCAGCAGUAGCAAACCCCAGGAUGGAAACUUCAGGAAUCACCUACCGAUGGUGCAGGUAUACAAAGAGACUAUGGAAAAUGUAAAAAAGAAUGGGCUUUUGGAAGCUGGUCCAGACCUCCUCAGCCAAAUAAGUUCCCCAGCAUAUUGCACACUGUUCAAAGCGGUGGACCCCCGGGUGAAAUAUGUUGAAAACUCAGGAGAGAAUACAAGCUUGCCAGCCCCUGACAGACAAAUUGGAACAAAUGGGGGAUUGCAGAGUGUGGCCAAGGAUGUAGACACUCAGUCUGGAGAGCCGGAUGUGGAGGAUGUCACACCUAUGAUUACUCAGAUUUUCAGUCUGGCUGCCAGUGCAGGACCAAGUGGGAUCGAGCAAGACCAUGAGCUACUGAAGCUGCUGGAGUCCCUGCGUAGCUCUGCCCUGCCCACACUCUGGUUUGCCAUCAUGGUCGAGGGCCCAGUGUUACAGCUGCUCCAGUGCUCCAAACUCUCCCACAUGGUGGACACGACUCUGCACAUCGACCAGGGCUUCUGCUAUUACAUCUGUGUACAGGGCCAGCCACUGCUCCUCACCCACUCACUGUAUGAGUCUCAUCCGUCACGCCUGACCUCGGUGGCCGAGGUGGUAGCCCUGCUCCUGGAUCUGGAGAAGUACAACGUGUGCCAGGGUGUCCCGACCGUGGAGCAGCGAUUCAGUCAGGCGGCAGUCAUCAUUGAGCGGGCGUCGACCUGUGACUUUCUGGUACUUAAAGAAACAGAGCACUGUCCAAAUUGUAAGGCCUUGUCUUGUGACUAGAAAAAAGACUUGAUGCUCCAGUGUUGAGUCACCAGCACUUAGCUGGAGGAAAUGGCCAAGUGGCAACAUGACAGAGUAUCACACCUCUGCAGAACAUCUCAAAUGUUGGCUGGGGAUGGACAUGCAGAACUGACUAGUGUUUUACACGCCACUGGACUUGGUAUUUAAGAAAUUUCAAAAAAUGUAAUUUUUAUUGCCCUUUUCGCAAGUCUGUCUUGCAAAUAAAUGUACAAAUCCUGAGGGAUGACUACUGUUGUGAACUUUUCUCAUUUAUUCAGACUAGUGUAAAAAAUAGCUUUCAGCUGUCUCCUGACACCCAAUGUGAGUCCUGCCAUGUUGUCUCCUGGUCAGUGCUCAAUGUGGAGGUGGACAGCGCAUCCAUGUAGAUAACACUGAUUCUUGGUGAAGUACUGAAAGCAACCUUUAAACACGUUAAUGACCAUAAGAACAGUCACUAACAUUGUGCGAUUCAAUCACUGAUUUACAAUGGAAUGAAUACAUUAAA